UUUCUAGGAACUUUUUUAGAUUCUUCUUUUACUUCGACAUUUAUGGUCAUUGUGUGGGUGAUGUUCGUAUAAUCUCGUGGCCUAUGAAAGCAUUCAUAUAAUUUAUUUAUUUCGUAAACAAAUUUGACACUCCAAGUUGUCUAAAAACACUCAAUUAAAAAAUGGAGGAAUUACAAAAGAAAAUGCAGUCUGAGGUUGACGCUUAUAAACAGUUACAGAGAGAAUACCACAAAGCUCUGAUUAGCCGGCAAAUGCUUGAUGGUCAAUUGAACGAAAACUCCACAGUGAAAGAGGAACUGAGCCUUCUAAAACCCGGCAAUGAAGUGUUCAAGUUAAUAGGCCCAGUUCUUAUCAAACAGGAUUUGGAAGAGGCUAGGCAGAAUGUCAAUAAGCGAAUUGAGUUCAUAACAAAUGAAUUAAAACGAACAGAAACGUUGAUAGCAGAUCUCGACUCAAAGCAAGAGAAACAUCGUGAGACUCUUGACAAGCUCCAACAGAUGCUCCAGCAGGCCCACCAGGCAUCAGCCCUAAAAGCUUAAAAAACAUUAUUUUACUUGCCCUUCCCCCCUAAAACAGAAAAAAAAAUUAAUUACAUGAAUAUCUAGAGCAUUUAAAAAAAAUCUGAAGUAAAAUAAGAAUGAAAUAAAGAUUAUUUCUGCAUUACGAAA